CCCAAUCACUCUGCCCUGUCAACUUGUCACUCCUUCAACGCCAUUCCCUCAGCCCAUCAUUGCCUCUCUCUUGCCUUCCCGCUACGUAUUUAUUUCCUCCGAUUACCCCCUCCCCUCUGCCAAGCUCUCACUUUCAUCCAACUUGCCACAUCUCGUCUUCAUCUCUCUAGUUGCUCUUCGGAGUGUGCCAUCCUGUCGUUCCCCCAACCCUGAUCUUCUCCCCGCUCCCUAGCGCCCAGCCACCAUGGCUGAGGAGGCAAGCCGGCCUCUGAUAGAGCAAGAGCCACGACCUAUCUCGCCUCAUCGCUCCCCAACGUCCAUUGGCAAAGCUUCCAAUCACCCAGAUGCGGAGCCCGGUCCGUAUGAGCUAUCUUCUGAAUCAACCCCUCUCCUCGUCCGUCACGAUGACGAUCUCCUGGGAUACGGCGGGACCGGCUCCAGGAGGCCGUCGUCUGUCCGACCUCGAAGUCUCUCCUCCAAUGGGACGCUCAAGAAACGCCGUGGGCGUAUACGAUGGCCGAUCUUCUGUGCUCUCCUUACAGUGGCUGCUGUAGUCGCCAUCCUCAUUUUCGCCUUUAUCGCCCCAGCGGCCGUCAAGGAAUACGCCAAGGAGGCGGUGGUCUUUAAGCCCACCAAUGUCUCGAUUGAAUCAGCCACUGCAGAUGGCCUUCAAGCUCGGAUACAAGGGGACGUGAUGCUCGAUGCGCGGCGCGUACACAAGAAACCAGUGCGGGACAUUGGUCGUUUCGUCACUUGGAUCGGAAGGGAGGCCGAAUCCGGCCAGUCGGAAGUCGAACUAUAUCUCCCAGAGUAUGGGAACGUUCUUCUAGGCACGGCAAACCUGCCUUCCGUCAAGGUCAACAUUCAAAAUGGUCAUGUAAACCAUGUCAAUUUCCUGGCAGACUUUGUGCCUGGGGACUUCGAGGGAAUUCACAACGUGGCAUUGGAUUGGUUGAAUGGGAAGCUCGAGAAGCUGACGGUCAGAGGAACAGCAACCCUUGAUAUCAAAUCGGGAUUCCUCAGCCUGGGCCAGCAGCUCCUUUCCGACUCCCUCACCAUUGAAGAGGGCGACUUUCCUUCUUUGCCCGCUGUCAACAUCACGGAUCUCAACGUCCAUGAUGCGGAAGACCCAGGACAGCAAGGCGCAAUGGCAAUUGAUGCCUCAGCCGCUGUCCAGUUUGAUUCACCGUUCGCAGUGAACAUUCCUCCACUGGGGUUCGAAGUACUGGUCCCGAAUUGCUCUCCAGGUGAUGCCCCAAUUCGGGUAGCCGCUGCUACGACUCGCGGGUUUCCGGUUACUCCUGGCCAGCCAACAUCCGUUGAUGUCGCCGGCGUAAUCCAAGGACUCUCUGAGGACUUGACCAGAGUAUGUCCAGGGAUGAAGAGCUCCCCUCUGGAUUUCCUGGUCAAGAGCUAUAUUCAUGGAGAUGGAACCACUGUCUAUGUCCGUGGAGCGGAUCCGCCUUCUCUAGCUACUCCUGGAUGGGUUGUAGAUAUUCUUAAAAGCGUGACGGUGCCGCUAAGUUUCACGGGGCAUGCCCUUGACAAUCUCGUCAGGAACUUCACAAUGUCGGACGUGCAUUUCACCCUGCCAGAUCCCUUUGCGGAACCCGAUUCUCCUGAAUCACAGCCAACAGUAUCUGCGUUGGUGAAGGUGCUGAUUGGGCUGCCCAAAGAAUUGGGACUUCAGUUGGAUGUCCCCAGGGUCCGGGCUACUGCUGACGUGUAUUACGGUGGCAAUAAGCUCGGGAUCCUGAACUUACGGAAAUGGCAGGCUGCCAACUCCACUCUGCUCGAUGAUGUUGAUGGCUCGCCGGCGCUAUACGUCGAUUUCGGGAUCAAGAAAGCGCCGCUUGAAGUGACGGAUGAAGAUGUCUUGACCGACGUUCUUCAAGACUUGAUCUUCCAAGGGAAACGGGUCAAGCUAGAUGUUGCCGCCAGUGUAGAUGCCGAAGUCACCACAGGGCUGGGCACUUUCGCUGUUCGGGAAAUACCUGCGCAGGGUGAGAUUGUGGUUAAGCCCCCAUACGGUGGCUCUUUGGACAAAUUAAGCCCGCAUAUUGCAUCGGUAGAACUUGGAACUACUACUGCCUCGUCUCUUUUGGUGAAGGCUUUGGUCAACGUUACCAACCCCUCGCCGUACUCAGCAUCUGUGCCAUCAGUAGAUUUUCUGCUUCUAUUCAAUGGUUCUAGAGUCGGACAUAUCACUGCAAAGGAUCUUACCAUUACCCCGGGCGCCAAUGAUGGUCUUCCUGUGGACCUCACAUGGAGCCCACUUGUUUUGGAUGGGGAGACUGGCGUCGCUGCUGGCCGGGAGCUGCUCUCGAAGUAUAUUUCAGGUAAGCUCGAGAGAGCCUCUUUUGCCAUCUCCGAUUCCUAAACAUAGUCGCAGGUUACAACACAACUGUUACAGUACGGACACAUGAGGGAACCAUCCCGGGACUACCCAAACUCGGGAAGGCGCUGUCGAAACUAGGGCUUGAGGUCCAGAUACCUCGGGUACCCGUGCCUCAUGCCCCGG